AUGAGUGUCACCACAACAUCAAGAAUGCGAUAUAGGCUUAGAAGAAGACAAGCACCUCCUCCACCACUAUCUCUUGCACCAGAAGAGGACGAGAGUGACGAUAGUGACGAUAGUGAUGACAGUGAGGAUGGAAUUGAGAGUGAUAGUGAUGACAGCGACGAUGAGAGCUCCAUGGAGCUUCCGUCGCCGACAUCUACCGUCCCACCGGAAGCCGCGUCACUAAUAUCAACAACAUUGCGCCAGAGCACAUUAUCCAGAAGCUGUUCGACAAAUACGAGCGGGACGUGCCAAGCUGGAACAGUUCUCAUCACUUUGCCUGACUCGACAAUCACGGCCAUAGUAACUGGUACAGAGUCAACGGCACUCUUUGUCCGUCCAGUCGAGGAGAUAACGGCUACGCCUACCCCAUCGCGAGGAGAAUUAGGCGCGGAGAGGACAGCGUCAACAAACAGUCAGAGCAGACCGAGUCAAACAGCAGCUCCGGAUACCGAGCCGAUGGGCAACAUGGGGGCAUCGCAGGCAUUUUCUCCUGCUUUAAUUGGUUCGCUAGUCGCAACUGGGCUUAUUGGUGUCGUCACCGUCAGCCUGAUCUUACUAAAACGAAGAAAUAGAGUCCGCAUCAGCCCGCCUUCUCAAGACUUCCCCGAUAGUACACCACCACCAGUAACGCAGGUGGAUACAGGAAUACCUCCCGGACGGGAUGCUGAGAACCCCUUCCGGGAUCCCCCCACAGCACCAGCCCGGACGUAUUUUAUGUGA